UUGAAAGUCGUUACGAAAAUACAAACGGAACAUUAUAAUUUUUUGUAAGAAGGCAUUAAAUAAUUAUGUUAAAUUAGGUUUCGUUGAAAAUAAUCAGUGCAUAACUAUAAACACCAUAGUAGAAAAUUGAUACUAAGUGUACAACUCAAAUUUAGCUCCAUCUCUUGUUCAUCUCCCUUCAAGGUGUACAAAAUUCCACACUACAACAUGGAUGAUUUUCUGAAAAUAGAGAAGAUCGGUGAAGGUACUUAUGGUGUAGUGUACAAAGGCAAAAACAAAAUCACCGGCCAGUUCGUGGCUAUGAAAAAAAUUAGGUUAGAGUCAGAAGAUGAAGGCAUUCCUUCCACCGCCAUAAGAGAGAUUUCGCUUUUGAAGGAACUUGAUCAUCCCAAUGUUGUCAAAUUGGAAGAUGUCCUUAUGGAGGAGUCCCGACUUUAUCUCAUCUUUGAAUUCUUAUCAAUGGAUUUGAAGAAGUAUAUGGACUCCCUUGGCUCAGGAAAGUUAAUGGAUCCUAGUGUAGUCAAGAGCUACCUGUACCAAAUCAACAGUGCAAUUCUUUACUGCCACCAACGCCGCAUUCUACACAGAGAUUUAAAGCCACAAAAUCUACUUAUUGACAAGACUGGUAUUAUUAAGGUGGCAGACUUUGGCCUGGGCCGAGCUUUUGGUGUUCCGGUCAGAGUGUACACUCAUGAAGUUGUAACUCUCUGGUACCGAGCACCUGAGGUGCUUUUGGGAAGUCAAAGAUAUGCCUGCCCGAUAGACAUGUGGUCUGUGGGAUGCAUCUUCUCAGAAAUGUCGUCAAAGAAGCCACUGUUCCAGGGAGAUUCUGAGAUUGACCAGCUAUUCCGUAUCUUCAGAAUGCUUAGAACACCAACUGAAGAAAUCUGGCCAGGUGUAUCCUCCUUGCCAGAUUACAAACCCACAUUCCCUAACUGGACAACAUUUAAUCUUCACAACCAUGUUAAAAAUCUGGAUGAUGUUGGCAUGGAUUUACUGCAAAGAAUGCUAGUGUAUGAUCCAGUGAAAAGGAUCUCUGCAAAGGAAGCGCAGCGACAUCGCUACUUCCGUGAUGUGAAGCUCCCCAGUGGUCUUGCAACACCGACUGCUAUCCCCUCCCACUGCACUCCUGCAUCUGCUAUACCUAACAAUAUAUCUGUUGACACAACACAGAGUGUAUAGCUACAAAAGUCUACAAGACUAAUGUGACCUUAAUUAAGACUACUCAAUAUUUUGUAUGUCAAGGACUGUAUCAUAGAUUAUAUUGGUCAAGGCCAAAAUAAAAUAGGCUUAAAACAUUGGUUAAGAAUGGCAUAAUGAUGCUUGGUGAUAAAUUAAAUCUAGUUAUCUCAUGAAAUUCAUCAACAAACAACUGCCAAGUGGAUUUAGGAAAUAAAAAAAUAAAAUAAACCAUUUAUCAAAAGAAUGACAUGACUGAAUAUUGCCUUUUAAAACUUAGAUAUUAUAAUUAUUGCUAAGAAUCCUGUAAGUCUUGAUUUAAGAAGCAUAGACAGACAAACUAUUGUUUUAUUGUAUGGGAUUCUUUGUCAGGUAAAUAACGAGGAAUGGAACACCAUUAUAAUUAUUAUUGAAUAAUGUAUGAAAAUAUUUGCCCUAAAUUGUUUUUUAGUUUUGUCAUUUCUAUUGGGUUAUUUAAUUUAGCAUUUAAUGUUUAUAAUUUAGUAUUAAUUUAUAGUUUAGUAUUUACGAAAGAUAGACAUUUUUUCAUUACAAAAGUGCAUGUCUUGGAAUCUUGACGUAUGCAUCAGUUAGGUGGAUACUUUUUGAUAUUAUUGUAUUAAAUUAAAAAUCCAUUAUCGCACAGCACCAUGACUAUUGUAUUUUAUGAAAUUGGUAGAUAGUUACUUUACUGAGUGUACUCCUACAGUAAUUUUAUCAAAAUUUAAUCUUUUUACCAACUUUCUCCAUAAAUGACGUGAACGGUUGCAAGGAUUCAACACUUGUUCGGCCUUUCCAAAACUAAUUAUAAUGGUUAA